GAGGCUGGCUGUCCGCCUCGGGUGCCUUAGUCAGUAGCGCGCACGUAUCCACUGCGUUCGGAACUCUUCCCUAAGGGCGGAAAGCACGUCUCCCGCCACCCAUUCACUCUGCCACGCGUUGAUCUUAUCGUACAUCAGGCUUCCUUCCAAGAUAUCGGUGGCGUUCCGGUACUAAACCCCCUACCCAAGAGGAGGUGAUCGUCUCUCUUUCUUACCCCUGUGACAAUAAUGUGCGAGAUCUGGGGGACUUCGACAAUAGCAACUCCGGAGAGAUACCCUCGCCCCUAUUAUUAUGACUGUGCCGUGAGGAAGGGCAUUUGCAAAAGGGUCUCUUUCCUCAUUGCAUAGCGGAAAAAGUUUUUCUUUCUUUUUUUUUUCUAUUUUAAUUUCUGAACGAAAAUUAUGUAAUACUCCUCGUUUACCUUAUUUUGUGUCAAGACAAAAAAAAAACAAAGCACUGAUUUUGCUUAAGAAACUUUUAAAAGAAAGCAAAUCAAUAAGAAUAUAUACCCAGCCAUGAGGAGCAUGAAUUUCCUGCAGAGCACCUGCCGCGGUGCCCUUCUUGCAGGGGCGUGUCUCCUCCUGCUGGACGGGGGAUUUCGAGGCGCGUCCAGCAUGGAAUCCGAAGAGCCUGUCGUCCUGGACACCCCCAGCGGUCGCAUAAGGGGUGAGAAGUACUUGCUGGCGGAUGGUACCAGGGGCUUGAGGUUCCUGGGAAUCCCGUAUGCCAAGCCUCCCGUUGGGAAUCUUCGCUUUGCCGCACCUGUCGAGUAUGGCUCCUGGAAGGGGAUUCUAGAGGCCCGAGAAUUUGGAGCAGUCUGCUACCAGCCGCUGGAAACCGACGUCUGGGACACUAUGGAAUCCAGCGUCGAUCUUGGCCACCUGGAGGAUCAACUGAAGAGGGCCCUGGUGGCUGAGCUCGGAACUGACUUGUACGAGGAGCAAGUCGAGGAGUUGCACGACGAACUCCGCAUGGUGGUGGAGAAGACGCAGAAGGCCAGAAAGUCCAAGAGGGAAGAAGGGUGCGGCGGGGAAAUGGCGGGCGCUGAAGGGAAGGGCUGCCAGAAGAGUGGUAUUGCCCACGAAGGUGACAAAGAAAAGGUGGACCCUGAGACCCCGGCGGUACACAGGACUAGUAGGCCACCAGGUGGAACACUUGGUGAAAGUUCUAGUGUUAGAAUUCAUAGUUUUAAUAAUAGUCAUAAAGAUAGUAACCGUAGCCAUAUUAACAAAAGCGAUAUAAGUGCGAGUCAUACCCAUAGCAAUAAUGGUGAAGCGACCACCGACGAAACACAUUUUAAACAUAGACCCAACAGUACGGUUAUGCUACAGAGACUUAAACACAUCAUUCAAGCUGGAGACGAGAGUACCCAGAACAAACACGAGAUCUCGGGAACGAGUGACGGCGAAACUGCCACCGGUUCCUGGGACGAGGCCAAGUUGGCUGAUGACUCGAGCACCUCGGGUGGAUAA